AACAGUUUGUAUUGUGCUGUUGAAUGAGACGUUUACGCUUGCUGAACUAAAAAAGAGAACGGGACAAAAAUAAAAGAGAUAAAUAUUUUUACAAGCAUAGGAUAUUGACUACUUUAGUGAUUGAAAGAAAAGCUUCAGCAACACAUUACUGUUAUAAAAAGCAUCAAUACAAAUUCCCAUGAAAACGCAAAUGUCAACAGAAAAAGGAAACAUCAAUCCCGCAUUUAAUGAGGGUGAUGAACCUAACAUAAAAUAUACAGUCAAGAAAAAAGAACUUGGAUUAGAACUCAAAGGAAAAGCUGAAUUCUCAAAAGGUCAGAAUGACUACAAUCCAUAUCUUAAUCGAGAGGUUGAACACCCGACGACAAAUUUCGAAACAUUCAUCCAUUUACUAAAAGGAAGUCUUGGAACAGGAAUCUUGGCAAUGUCAAAUGCAUUCAACGAUUCAGGUUACGUAACAGGUAUAAUAGGAACCAUAAUUAUUGGUGUCUUGUGUACAUACUGUAUCCACCAAUUGAUAAGUGCAGAAUAUGAAUUGUGCAAGAGAAAGAAAGUUGCAAGUCUGAAUUACGUUGGCGUUACGGAAGCAGCUUUAUUAGAAGGACCAAAGUGUUUACAUAAAUUCUCAAAGAUGAGUGUAUACGUUGUAAAUUUAUUCUUGGUUGUAUAUCAACUCGGCACAUGCUGUGUUUAUGUUGUUUUUGUAGCAUCCAAUAUUAAACGAAUAACUGACUUGUAUACAGAUGAUGCCACUGAUGUUAGGCUGAUUAUGGUUUUUCUUCUCAUCCCUCUUAUAUUCUUGAAUUGGAUAAAAAAUCUAAAAUUCCUAGCUCCAUUUAGCACAUUCGCCAAUGCUAUUACGUUAAUUUCAUUCGGAUUUAUUCUAUACUUUAUCUUUGAGAAGCCUUUUGUGAUUGAAGAUAAACAAGCGUUUGGUAAAAUUCAAAACUUUCCACUCUUCUUUGGAACUGUGCUGUUUGCUUUAGAGGCGAUCGGUGUCAUUCUGCCCUUAGAAAAUGAAAUGAAAACUCCAAAGGCUUUUGCUUCAAAGUUUGGUGUUCUCAAUAAUGCUAUGGUAAUUAUCGUCGUUUUAUACGUCGGAAUGGGUCUUUUUGGAUAUUUGAGAUAUGGAAGUGAUGUUAUGGGUUCAAUAACUUUAAACUUACCAACCAAUGAUAUAAAAGCGCAAGCUGUUCAAGGAAUGUUAGCUUUUGCAAUUUUUAUUUCUCAUGGCUUAGCAUGUUACGUAGCUAUUGACAUAAUAUGGAAUGAACAUCUGAGUAAAAAAGUCACUAAAUCAAAGCAAUUUUGGGAAUAUGUCACACGAACACUUUUGGUCUUUUUUACAUUUUUAUUAGCUAUUGCCAUUCCUAAUUUAGAAUUGUUCAUUUCACUUUUCGGAGCACUUUGCCUGUCAGCUUUGGGACUAGCUUUUCCAGCUCUUAUUCAAACAUGCGUCUACUGGAAUACAACCGAAGGAUUUUCAAAAGCAAUCAUGGUGACAAAAAAUGCAAUAAUCUUUAUUCUUGCAACUGUCGGAUUAAUUAGCGGAACUUAUACUAGUAUUAAAGAAAUUGUUCACACAUUUUUCUAAAAAAUCAACUUUACCCAGAGAAGAAGAAUUAUUUUUGAAAUUUAAGUUCCAAUAAGCUAAGACCAAGUUGAAAUUAAUUUCACUGAAGUAAUCAAAAAUUUGAUGACAUCACUGACUGUCUUAAAAGUGACUGCAAACGAAGUAUGUAAAAUUAAACUAGGUGCCAAAAUUUCGUCAACCUUCGUCUACAGUCUAGACUCUUACAAUGAAUUCCUUAUUAUUAUAUUACGAAAAUAUUCCCAGUGUUGAAGUAUUUUUGUGAUUAUUCAAAUACUCAAUUAAUUAUCAAAAAAGUUCACUAUUAACUUGAUACAUCCUCACUAGACCAAAUUUUAGAUAUCAUUAUUCUUAAACAAAUUACUGCUACAAUUAAUUAUUUUAUACUUUAGUAGAUUUUGAAUCAGUUUUGGUAUCUAGGUGUCAGUUUUCAGUUCCAGUACUGCAUACAUUUUGAUGCUGCUAUUACUAAUUACGAAUACCUAGUUAUCAACACUGAAUUCUGAAAAAACAGUAAAAAUACAUUUUUGUAUUAAAUUAGCCAUGAUUUAGAUAUUAAUAAGCUUUUUUGUAAUGCACAAAGAAAGACAGAGCCAUUUUUGGUAUCACUAGGAAUCAAUAGCUAAAGAAAUGUUAGAUACAGGUUAUUAAUAGAUAUGUAUUUAAAUGCCUAAUGAAUUAAUAAAUUUAAAUGGAAUUGAAGUUGAGACCAUCACAUCAAUCCUGAAAAACAGAGUAAUAACACGAACAUGCGUUGCUAAAGUUUUGUUUAUCGGAUUGAAAAAUUCGCAGUAUAAUAUUUCCAAUUGAAAGUUCAAUGAAUUAUAUUAAGCUAUAGUGACA